AUGCUUUCUCUUUCUAUCUCCCGCACCGCUUUGCGUUCAGCUGCGGCCCCCCGCCAGUUUGCUGUGGCUGCUACCUCGGCCCGCUACGCCUCGACUAAGACCCUUACUGAGGCUGUUUCGGAGAUCGUUCCUGCCAAGCGUGAGCAGUUCGCCAAGCUCAAGUCGGAGUACGCUGACUGCUCGCUCGGUGACAGCAAGGUCAGCCACCUUAUCGGUGGUAUGCGUGGACUGAAGUGCAUGCUCUGGGAGGGUUCUGUCCUUGACGCUGAGGAAGGUAUCACCUUCCACGGCAAGAGCAUUCCUGAGUGCCAGGCUUCCCUCCCGUCGGCUGCCGACAUUGGCCGCCCGGGUAAGGAGAUGCUCCCUGAGUCGAUGCUCUGGCUCCUGUUGACCGGCAAGGUCCCCUCGGCUGAGGAGGUCAAGGGUCUCUCGCAGGACCUGAGCAGCCGUGGUAAGCUCCCGAACUACAUUGAAAAGAUCAUUGACUCGUUCCCGAAGACGCUUCACCCUAUGACUCAGUUCUCGGCUGCUGUUUCAGCUCUCAACCACGAUAGCAAGUUCGCUGCUGCCUACAACGCCGGUGUCAAGAAGACUGAGUACUGGCACACCACUCUCGAGGAUUCGCUUGACCUCAUUGCCAAGCUCCCGGCCAUUGCUGCCCGUAUCUACUACAACGUGUUCGGUAAGGGUGACGGCAAGCAGACCAUCAACCCUGACAUGGAUCUGAUCGAGAACAUGUCGCACAUGAUGGGCUACGGCAAGAGCGAGGGUCUUGUUGACUACCUCCGUCUCUACAUUGCUGUCCACGGCGACCACGAGGGUGGUAACGUGUCGGCCCACACUGCCCACCUUGUCGGUAGCGCCCUCUCGGACCCGUACCUGUCGUACGCUGCUGCCCUCAACGGUCUGGCUGGUCCCCUGCACGGUCUUGCCAACCAGGAGGUGCUCAACUGGGCCCUUGAGUUCGAGAAGGCUGUCGGCUCGAACCCGAGUGACCAGCAGAUUGUUGACUACCUGUGGUCGACCCUGAAGAGCGGCCGUGUUGUCCCUGGUUACGGCCACGCUGUUCUGCGCAAGCCCGACCCACGCUUCACUGCUCUGUCGCACUUCACUGACUCGCGCCCUGAGCUCCAGGAGUCGCCGAUUGUGCAGCUUGUCCAGCGUCUCUCGAAGAUUGCGCCGAGUGUCCUUAAGGAGCACGGUAAGACCAAGAACCCGUACCCGAACGUCGACGCCGCUUCGGGCUGUGUGCUCUACACCUACGGUCUUGACGAGUUCAAGUUCUACACUGUGAUCUUCGGUGUCUCGCGUGCUCUGGGUGCUCUGCCGCAGCUCGUGUUCGACCGUAUCCUUGGUCUUCCGAUUGAGCGCCCCAAGUCGCUCUCGAUGGACGCUCUCAUGGCCUCGCUCAAGAAGUAA